GGCGGCGGGAGCGCGGCGGCGGAGGGCGGGGGCCGGGCCGGGCGCGCCUCGCGGAGGCUGAGCGCCGGCGGCGCGGCCAUGGCGUCGUUGGCCGACCGGGUGCGCGGCCACGGGCGCAUCGCCGCCGGGCUGCUGCUCAACCUGCUGGUGUCCAUCUGCAUCGUGUUCCUCAACAAGUGGAUCUACGUGCACCACGGCUUCCCCAACAUGAGCCUGACCCUCGUGCACUUCGUGGUCACCUGGCUCGGCCUCUACGUCUGCCACAAGCUCGACGUCUUUGCCCCCAAGAGCCUGCCGCCCUCGCGGCUCGUGCUCCUGGCGCUCAGCUUCUGCGGCUUCGUGGUCUUCACCAACCUCUCCCUGCAGAACAACACCAUCGGCACCUACCAGCUGGCCAAGGCCAUGACCACGCCGGCCAUCAUCGUCAUCCAGACCCUCUGCUACGGGAAGACCUUCUCCACCAGAGUCCGGCUCACGCUGAUUCCUAUAACUUUAGGUGUAAUCCUAAAUUCUUACUACGAUGUGAAGUUUAAUUUCCUUGGAAUGGUGUUUGCUGCUCUUGGUGUUGUAGUUACAUCCCUUUAUCAAGUGUGGGUGGGAGCCAAGCAGCACGAACUGCAGGUGAACUCGAUGCAGCUGCUGUACUACCAGGCUCCCAUGUCGUCUGCCAUGCUGCUGGUCGCUGUGCCCUUCUUUGAGCCGGUGUUUGGAGAAGGAGGCAUAUUCGGUCCCUGGUCAGUUUCUGCUUUGCUUAUGGUGCUGCUGUCUGGAGUAAUAGCUUUCAUGGUGAACUUAUCAAUUUAUUGGAUCAUUGGGAACACCUCACCAGUCACCUAUAACAUGUUCGGCCACUUCAAGUUCUGCCUCACUCUGUUUGGAGGAUACGUCCUGUUUAAGGACCCGCUGUCCGUCAAUCAGGGUCUCGGCAUGUUGUGCACGUUAUUCGGCAUCCUUGCUUACACCCAUUUCAAACUCAGCGAACAGGAAGGAACUAAGAGUAAAUUGAUACAACGUCCUUAACCAGAUUUUUGUGGAGAAAAGAAAGUCACCCCAAGAAGAUAAAAAAAGUUUAGUGCACGAGUUACUUUCAAAGAAGAAAAAAAUGCUGCAGAAUUCAUUGAGUGAUGGUUUGCAAGAAGGAACACAAAGGAAAUUUUAUUCAUAAAUAUGACUUUCUCUUUUACAGAACCUUUUUUAAAAAACUUAAUUCUCUAAAACAAUGGCUCAUGCUUCUUUUCAAAGAUGAGUGUAUGAAGUCGGGUGGGGGGGGCCAGUGUGGUCACACCAGUGAGGUCGUGGAUACGGUUCUGCAGCAGGGGCUGAGGCAGCCGUGGGCUUGCCCGACAGCCGUGUGGCGGCCAUGUGUGUGCACAGUCCUCUGAAGAAGGCCACACGGGCUGCCCCCCUGCCGUAGGGGGGCCCCAAUGUGAGCGAGAGUAUGAUCUCACCAAAGUGUUCAAGUCAGAAUUUAAAUCUACCAUUUCUGUUUUAGCUGGUUUAGUUUAACUUCCUGUUUAUUUAUAGAAAUGAAGUAUCAUUUAUAGAAAGGAAAGUGGAGUAAAGAAGAGCAAAAGACAAAAUCCACUUCUAAAAGCACCUUUUUCUAGUAGGAAAUUGCUGUAAGGAGUUACACGUGGUAAAAAAGCUGCAGUUCAGGUAGGUAUUCUCUUGUUUCUGAGCUCUCAGUGAACUCUAGAAACGAUGAAUGGAGUUAAAAACAAGGCAGCUCCGUGUUUGAAUGGCCCGAAGACCGUCGGUGGAGCUGAGCAGGUUUCUUCCUGUCCUGGUGGCUGUUCUCUGGCCUCUGAGCAGGUCACAUCGGAGAUUUCUCGGCACCCCCUCCCUGCUGGCGCUCCCCACUGCGGCUGAGGUGUCCACGGAGCCAUCUCUGACACUGAAGGAUCUGUGACUGUCCAGCCUUUCUGAGGUGGCCGAGGGACACUUACGCAGCAGGUCAGGGCAGAUGCUGUCUCAACACUAAGCAGAAAGCUGGUGAAAAUAUGAGGAAAGAGGGGGAAGAGAAGCAGGAAAAUAGCCAAUACUUGACUAGUUCCUUGAGUUUUUAAAGGGAUAAUUUUACAAAACUAGGGUACGAGGGAAAUCCAUGAUUUCCACUUAA